UAAAAAUGGAAUUUAAUUUUCUAAAACAGAAAAAAGCAAAAAAUUAUUAGUUCACAUGCAGCAGAUAUACUUUUUCAAAAGAAAAAGAUGGUGCUGAUUUCAAGAUCAAAAUAUAAUAGGAAAUCCAAAUACACCAAUUAAAAAGAACAAGAUAGACAGUGGGACUGAACGGGCAAAGAAAGUAGUAGCAGAUUAUCAUAAUCGAGAGUUUGAAAAUUAUCUUCAAGGAACUGCGACGAAGUAUAAGUUCCGGUUGGCAAUUGGUGUUAUUAUCUCAAUUAUAAGCCAUCUACGUGAUUGGAGAUAACGGUUUCGAAUACUUUGAUGAUCACUUUUUCUGAUUGUCUUCCGAUGUCAGCAUAAAUGCAACCAUCAUUCGAUUGCAAAAGAGGCCUGUUCCGGUGAACUUUACCAAUCUAUUAUACCCAUGACACAUGGUAGCAGUGUUAAAAUUAAAUGCUUAACGCAUAUUAUAUGCUUAUGUAUUUUGCGACCACUUAUAUUUUUUUCACGAAAAGUCGUACGGAUAAAAAUCGUUAUAUAAUAUUCUACAGUGCAUCACCGGUAUAUAUGUAGUGCGCAGAAGAAAAUUUAUAACAGUUCCCCAGUGGCAGAUAUACGAGUUCAUCGGCUGCGGAGAAAAAAUAAUUGUAUACUAAACAGUUUUAAAAUGAUCAAUAUGUCGUCCGCGUUCGUCGUCGGAUUGCUCGCGCUAUCGUUGGCCGCCCGACCAUCCGAUGAUCAAGUCGAUCAAAUUUCCGAGGUGGCGAUCGAGCACUGUCGUCCAGUCGACCGUAUUUCCACGACGGUGGUCACCGACUUUCAAGUCGACCGGACACCCGAUGUGAAAAUCGUGGACGAUUGGAUUUGCCAAAUUCCCGCAGUGUCAGACACGGAUUAUCAAGUCGACAAAAUUCCCGCGACGGAGAUCGCGGAUGGUCUGCCGGACCCGUGGAUACCCGAUCUGUUUUACCGAGCACUCUCCGAUUUCUCAGUUAAAAAUGUCGGCAGCACCGCUUGUCGGACCCAAUCCGACAUGUACGACAGACAUUUGCGGAACUACACCAGUUGGGCGGUCAGAAUGUCAGAAUCAUGGAACAGAUAUCCGAUCGGCCUACUAGCGGGCAACACAUACCAAAUGGGAAUUUACGACGAAUGCGUGGACGUGCGUCAUCCGGUGAUAGGGCAGUAUUGCUUGUCUGAUAUCAAACUAAUCCCAUUGGCGGGUAAAGAUUACAGUUUCAACAGAACAGAAGAUCUAGAUGAUUUCGGAAAUAUAAAUGCCUGGAAAACAGUACUCGGGUGGGGCGAUUACAUGGAUAAAGUGCAACGAAACAGAUUGCUUUUAGGAAUAUGCAUUCCAAAUUCGUGUUCGGCGUUGGACCUACAAACUGCAUUGCAAAACGAACUGGACAGGGUGUUCAUGCCAGAAAUGUUGAAGGCCAUUGUCAAAGUGGAUCCAAUAAUGUGCACAGUCAGUGGAGACAUGUAUCCCUACGAUACAUCGUUCUACUUAACCAGUAUAACUUUUUUAGUGCUUGUUUUGAUUUGUUGCGGGACAACGUUGUAUCAUUUCAUAAGAAUAUCAUACAAUAAAAAUCCAAAAGAAACUACUUGUGACUAUAAAAGUGUCGGUUUAUUUUGCGAAACGUUUUCAAUUAUUGAUUCCAGCAAAGCAUUAUUAAAAUUCGAUAAAGAUAAUGAAUUGAAUUCACUGUAUGGUUUUAAAGUGUUAAUGAUGAUGGCCAUUUUAUUAGGUCACAGAUUAUUUUAUUCAUUUGGAAAUCAUAUAAGUAAUCCGAAAUUUGUAGAAAGUAUAAUUUUUAAUGGACCAGAUAGUUUGUUGACUAUAGGAAAUUUAGUCGACCCAUUUUUUUUUGUAAGCGGUUUCCUCAUGUAUUUGAACAUUUCUCGAUCAUUUCAAAAAGUUGAAGCCGGAUACAAAAAAAUCACUUCGCUAAUUAUUAAUCGAAUGUUGAGAAUGUUACCGGCGUAUUGUGCGAUGAUGGCAAUCACGGCGCAUAUAGUACCACAUCUUGGAGACGGACCACUUUGGCCAAAAGUAAUAUGGGAAGAAGCUGAAAUUUGUAAAAAUUAUUGGUGGACCAAUUUGUUUUUUAUAAGCAAUUUUAUUGAUGUCAAAUAUGGAUGCCUCGUAAUAAACUAUUACGUAUCGUGUGACGUUCAGUUUUUUGUUGUCGGAGGCAUAAUUAUUUAUGUUUACACGAAAAACACCAAAUAUGGGAUCAGAUUACUCGCUACGAUAUUAAGUUUAUCAGCAUUCCUGCCGUUCCUAGUCACAAUUUUGACAAAAAGAUUUGGAAUAGAUAUAUUUUAUCUUCCUUAUUUAGAAAACAUCAGGAUUUACAUAUCGUUAAAUAAGUCGUAUAGAUUAAGUUACAUGCGAGCCAUGCCGUUCCUUGGCGGUUUAACCACGAGCAUUAUCGUUGAAAAAUUGAAAGAAAAAAAAACAAAAUUCUCUCGUAUCACAGUCUACGGUGGAACUUUGAUUGUUUCCGUAAUUUGUAUUCGUGCCCAACUUUACGGUGCCAAAUUCUACACUUGGCAGAGACCUUAUUAUCCUUUAGAACAUGCUUUGUACAAAGUUGUUAAUAAUUGUGUUUGGACGGUAUGGUGCAUGUGGUGUUCCAUUUGCCUUUUCACGUCUGGAUAUGGCCUCUUUUCAUACGUACUUAACAACAAACUUGUUGUGGUUUUGGGAAGACUUUCGUUUUCUGUAUUUAUAGUAAACAUCACUGUUCUUAUGAUGUCUAACAGUUCACUAAGAUUGCCGUCUUACCAUUCGAUAAAUUCUCUGAUUGAUACUUGGAUAUCUGAUACAUUUAAGUGUUAUCUGUUGGCCUUAGCAUUAUACUUAGUGGUCGAAGCACCUUUCGAUAAAAUCAUUAAACGAUGGAUUAGACGAAGCACCUUGGGAUUAAUUGAAUAUAUUUUAAAUGGCUGAUUUGGGAAUGAAGAGAUUCAACAAUAUUAUACUAUUAUUUUUACUAAAUUAACUUUAUAAACUAUAUAAUAUAUUUUAUUUUAUCUUACAUUUGAAAAAUAU